AAAAAAAAAAAAGAAAAAAUAAUAAUAUGGGAUUGUACUACUUUGCCCAAUACGUAAAAUAGCGUUCCGUCCUUCUCUUCCCUCUAAUGCUGCUUUGACCGAUUCCCACUAAUAUAGCAUUAUCAAAUUUAAUAUGUAUUGUGAACUUUAGAAUCCAUUAUAUAUUUAGUAUUACAUAAUUAUAUAUUAUCUACUUUAUAUAUAUAACUAAUAAUUUCUUUUUCUUUAUAAUUUUUUUUAUUUCACAUCUUUUCUUUUACACCCAUAUAUAUUGCAACUAUACAAAAAAUUUUCAGUCUGUAAUAGAACACAUUAAUUUGUAGUUUCUAUAAUAUAAUUGUACGGCCUUUAAUUUAAAAAUAGUUGAUAUCAUAAGAGUAUCUUAAUAAUAUUUUAAUAUUAUAAUAAUGAACUUUGCAUCAAGUAAAAGAAAAAGAGAUGAAUUUGAUCCUGAUUUAAAAAAAGUAAAGAAUCUUAUAAAUGAACAAGAUAAAGCAGAAUAUACUACUUCAAAUGAAUGGCCAGUAUAUGCUCAUCCAGAAGGAGGAAUUGUAAAAAUAACUCCUUGGGGUUCACUUCGUCAAUUUACUAAUACUGAAACUGGUCAACAAAUUGCUAAAUUUGAAGAUGUUUCAUUUUCUGAUAUAAGUUUUGAUACUUCAAAUACUGAUGAUAUUUAUAAUCCAAUGAAUACAUCUUUACCUUCAACUCCACAAUCUUUAUAUAAUCAAAAUAUGACUAAUCCUUCAAAUCAAUGUCCUACAAAUACUACUAAUAAUUAUAACGCGUCUGCAAGACAUCCUCACCAUCCUCAAUACCCUGUAUUAAGUGUUGAUGAUGAAGUUGAAUCUUAUGUUGUCGAUGGUUAUCAUCAAAUAACUCCUCCACCUCCUUCCCUGCAAGAGUAUCAAAAACAUUCAUUUUCUAAUGAUCAACAAGAACAAUUUGAACAAGAACAAGAAAAUUAUUUUGGAAUGAUGGAUGGCAAUCAUAAAGAAGAAUACGAAUAUAAUGAAGAUGUAGUUCGCCACUACAAUGAUGGUGAUGUUGAUAUGUAAGGUUAAGAUAUUUUCAAUUCACUACGUCAUGAGGUGAGUAAUUGAUUUAUCUUUCAUCUCAUUUUUGUAUAUUAUAUCCAUCGUUCAAUUCUUGUAUUUCUAUUGUGUAUAAUUAAUUCUUCCUGUCGAUCAUAUUUCGAUUUAUCUUAUUAUUAUUAUUAUUAUUAUUUUCAUUAGUUUAUUAUUUAUCUGUAUAUUAGUCAUUAGAUAUAAAAUGUAUAUCAAAGUAUGUU